UCUGUGUAGGACUCCUGAAGCACCAAUAUAAUCUGCAGAGUACAAAGUUGUUCAGAUGUGAAGUCUGUGUGGGUAAAGUGUACAGAAUAUGGCUGAGGCGCCUUCCGAAAUGCUGGAUGUUUCCCCUAACAGUCUAUCAACAGAUUCAGAAACCUCUUCCGGUGAGCCUUGGUGUGACAACACAGGUCAGAAGGACUCAGAAUUAUGGGCUAUUAUUGAGGAAAGUGCAUUUCAGGUUUUGGCUCAGCGAUUCUUGAUAAAGAGGCCGCCUCAUACCCUCUGUGCCUCGGAGCCAGAUGAAGACAGUAACUUAUUUUCAAUGACUUUCCCCAGAAAACUCUGGAAAAUAGUGGGAAGUGACAAAUUUAAGUCUAUUUGGUGGGAUGAGGAUGGGACUUACAUAGUGAUCAAUGAAGAACUCUUCAAGAAGGAAGUGCUGGAAAGAAAGGCCCCCUUCAGAAUAUUUGAAACUGAUAGCAUGAAAAGUUUGGUUCGACAACUUAAUCUGUAUGGAUUUAGGAAAAUGAGACAGAACUUCCAGAGAUCUGCUUCUCUACCUGACUUUCUGGCUGAAGAAAAAGGAAUUUCUGCCUCAUGUAAGUUACAGUUCUACCAGAAUCCAAACUUUCUGAGAGACUGUCCCCAUCUUAUAGAAAGAAUGAAAAGGAGAAUUGGGAUUAAAACAGUUUCUCGUGGAGCUGCUCCUUCGCUUCCAGAUUUCAAGAACAAACACUUCAGACCAGACUUGGGCAAGAUGGAUGACCACAGUUUGGGUGUAGCUGUCCAAACCAGUGAGAGAAAUCUGUUGUCUGGCUCUAGUAUUUCAAAUGUAUAUCUGAGACAGAAGCCUUCUCUUGCUCAAGGGGUUUCUGAUACGAUGGAUGUCAUCAGAAGCGACUUUUCUCUUACAACAUCAAAUUCCUUCAGACCACCUGAAGAAAUUCUGGCACAUCGCCCCGCUCCCUUAAAUGAGGUGUCCUCUCUUCAUAUGGACUCACAGAGAAUCUUCACUCAAGCAAACGACAGCACUGUGAACUUCAUUAUAACCUCUAUUACUCAAAACCGCAGGGAUGUGUCUCACUUGUGGAAUAGUUGUAUUGAAAUGCAAGGAGAGCCUUCCUUUCAACCUGGGCUUCCUCACUUUUCAUCCAGUUCAUCUACUUACUCUGACUCAAAAGCAAAAGGUGAACCUGAUUUACCGAUACACAAGGAAAGAGUAGCACCUACCACGUUGGCAUCGGCAUCAAACCAUCACCCAUCUUCCUGAGGCCAUCAAUUUUAUAAUUACCAACAAUCUACUUUGUUCUUUAUGAAGACGAUCAUGAUAGCAGAGAUUAGAAUUCAUGUUGACAAACACCUGGAGUGUACCUGAGAUUAUCGUAAUAGAACAAUAAAACUCUAUGUGCACCUU